AAGCAGCAGCAGUAGUCCCGUCUGCUUUUAGAGUGGUUUUAAUCUGUCUUUAGUGGACAUGUUUUAACCCACCUGUUGUGGAUUGUGUAUUUUCCUUAUUAUCUUGACUAUGUGGAUUCAUCAUGGAUUUUGUGAGCGCUUUGCUUAUGAACAUCGUUGCUCUGGGGACUGUCAUGGACUUUCAAACAAACUAGCUUUAACUUAAUUAUUAACCUCAGAUUUCUCUUCUAAUGGACUUCAUGUAAAAAAAAAGCUGUCCUCUGGAUGCCUUAGUGUCUUAUUGAGUUCCUCCAGUAUUGGUAAUGUGAAAAGGUGCCUCUGGAUGUCUUGCAGUGGGUUCACCUUAUAAGGACAAGUGACAACUAUUGGUCGGGGAUCGUCACGUGUCUCAGAGACGUGUAUUGUGUUUAUUCAGUUGAGCUCUGAAUCUCAGCCAAUCCUCUUCGAGGGACAGAGCAGUUUGAUCUGAAUUGAGUCGAUAUAAAUACAAUCUCCUGAGCCUCCACCCAACAUCCAUCUAUCUAAGGUCAGUCCGACUAGAACAAGAUGCCUGAGACAGUGAAAGCACCCAAGAAGGGCUCUAAGAAAGCCGUGUCUAAGGCAACCAAGACCGGCAAGAAGAGGAGGAGGACCAGGAAAGAGAGCUACGCCAUCUACGUGUACAAGGUCCUGAAGCAGGUCCACCCCGACACCGGGAUCUCUUCCAAGGCUAUGGGUAUCAUGAACUCGUUUGUGAGUGAUAUCUUUGAGCGCAUCGCCGGUGAGGCCUCCCGUUUGGCUCACUACAACAAGCGCUCCACCAUCACCUCCAGGGAGAUCCAGACCGCCGUCCGCCUGCUGCUGCCCGGUGAGCUGGCCAAGCACGCCGUGUCUGAGGGCACCAAGGCUGUGACCAAGUACACCAGCUCCAAGUAAAGCCGCUGUGAACCAGCAACCACAAAGGUCCUUUUCAGGGCCACCUACAUCAACCUUAAAGCGCUGAAGCAUCAGAUGUUACAGUACACAAUCAAACAAUAUUACUUGUGAUUAUAUAUCUACAUAAUUCUUCGAAUUCAGAACCACAUAUAAAGUGUAUGCUCAAACUAACCUCGUGAUUACUUGUCUGUGAAGACAGAUUCAAACUCUUAGCAGCUUUCUUGCGUGAUUACUUGUUGGUACUGUGAACUUAUAAACAGAUUUCUAAUAAAUAUCCAUUCUUUAAAUUGUCCACUCUUUAAGCACCAAUCGCAGGGAGCAGGAAUGUCACAACAACGCAGACCCACGAUCCCGCCAGAAGGCGCGCGGACACAAAACUUUUCCCCGUGCGCUGAGCUGCUGCAGGACUGCAGCUAACAGUUCCAUUCGGUCCCUUUAUACAUUUAAUGGAUACGUUAAUACAGAACGAGGGGUUUCUGUCUAAUUAUAGCAUUCAUAUUAUGAAAUAUCAUGUAGGCUAAACGUGGACCGGGAGAAUUCAGGGAUUUCACGCAUGCGCUCUGCUAUUCGGCCUUUUUAGUAGUUGAAGCACUUGUGCAGAAGAUGCAGCUUUCAGUGCUAGAGGCCAAAAUCUGACACGUAUGGGGUUAGUGUAAAUAUAUUUGAUUGUUGGUGUUGGCUAGACCUGGAGUCCUGCCUUAAUGUUUAAGUUUGUCAGCGCUUUAUACGAGGAUUUACGCGCAGCUAGCUCAAGUGAUCAUGCUUACAUGAAGGUGAUCAAAGAUUAUACACAUUCACUGUCCCGGUCAGGCUUUUAUUUUUCUUAUGAUGAAUUCAUGAAGAAUGGUCAACUGCAUAUCGGUGGCAAUUUAAAUAAAAACUGGAGGAUGA